AUGAAAGAUGAGGAAAAAUUGAAGUUUAAAAGAUCAUUGAUUUUUGUAAAUCGACACUGGUGCGAGAAUCUUAUCCACGAAUUGUGGAGGGAUCCUUUCAGAUGUGUAUCCAAAAGAAGCCAGAGAGUUGCGUUGAUAGAGACUUAUUUAAGAUGCUUGCCUGAGCACACCAAGAGGGAGAUGGGGCUUGACUGGAGUGAAAGUAAUGAAAUUCGAUCUAACUCGUCAAGGUGGAAAACAUCUACUUUAGGCAAUCAAGUGAUGUCAAAUAAGACCACUUCUACGUCCGUUCUAUUCGAUUAUCCAUUCUUUUUAUGUCAUCUGGAUCCCGAUAUCAUUUACACUAGUUUCUUCUGCUGGGCCGAAGACACGAAUGCAAUCACAUCUCGAAAUCUCAGUACCAGAAAGGACAGUGUAAUCUUUCUCGCAAUUCUUAAAAACUUUAUCAUACGCUCCGAAAAUAUCAACCAUCUCUCAAUUACCGGUGGCCCACAUAACAUCUUUGAAUUUCCUGGAGCGAACCUAUCUCUAUCAAAUCUAAGAACACUCAAUAUCGCUUACAAUGUUAAUUCGAAUUUUUUACAGAUACUUGAAUCAGGUUCACUGGUUUCACUGGUUUCCAAAAGAAGUACCUUACCAAAAGAACUGCAUUCUGCUUCGUUGAUCUCCAAAGAGAUUCGAAAAAUCAGGUUAUCCUUAAGCGAAGAAGAAUUGGAACUCGAAGUUGUGAAGGGUGUAAGGAACUUAAUCGAAGUGCAAAAGAGUCUGAAAUCAAUCACAAUUCGCGUUUCUUGUUUACUCUUUUUCCAAAUUUGGGAAG